AUGACUUCCUCAAACCACCAACUUUACCUCUUUCUUCUCAUCUCAUUCUUGAUCGCUGUCUUUAGAAGUGUUCUCUCAUCCAAUGUCUUCAUCGAAUCAGCAAUAUACCCUUUUGACUGCUCUAAUCACAUUCAGACUUGUAAUUCAUAUGCAUAUCACAUCUCCAGAGGCUACUCAAUUGAACAUAUAGCCUCCUUCUACUCGGUGAACACAUCUGAUAUUACCCCCAUAUCCCAUGGCCUCAAACAAGACUAUCUUGUUUCGGUCCCCUGCAGUUGCAAAGAUGUAAAUGGAACCCGCGGAUACUUCUAUGAUAUCAUUUAUGAAGUGCUAUCAGGUGACACAUUUUCUAAUGUCUCUGAUGUGUUCUAUAGUGGUCAAGCUUGGGAGGUUGCAGGAGUAGAGAAGCAAUUUGUUACUGGAAACAGGAUCACAAUACACCUUGUAUGUGGAUGCGUAGAAGUGGAAUCUCAAGAGGUGGUGACAUAUACAGUUCAAGAGCAAGAUACUUUAUCAGAUAUUGCUGAACUUCUGUCAUCUGAAGUCAGUGAGAUUGAGAAACUAAAUGUGAGAUUGACUCAAGAUCCAAGUUUUAUAGAUGUUGGAUGGGUGCUAUUUGUGCCAAGACAGAAAAGAGGAUUUCAAGACCGGAGGCAAGCGACUUUUGAAUCUGAAAGACCAGUCAUUUAUAGUGUUAAGGAGAUUGAUGACGCCACAUGUAACUUUGACGACAGCAUGAAAAUUGGAGAGGGUGGCUAUGGUAGUGUAUAUGUUGGCACUUUAAAAGAACGGGAAGUAGCAAUCAAGAAAAUGAAAUCUAGCAGGUCAAAGGAAUUUCUUUCAGAGCUGAAAGUGGAGCUGCUAGGAUAUGCAAGCAGCGACAACCACUUCUAUUUGAUAUACGAGUAUGUUCAGAAUGGAUCACUCAAUGAUCAUCUUCAUGACCCCCAGUUGAAAGGUCGAUCACCCCUUUCAUGGAUUGAAAGAGUCCGUAUCGCACUCGAUGCAGCAAAAGGGAUUGAAUAUAUUCAUGAUUACACAAAAGCACGCUAUGUGCACCGUGAUAUAAAAACAAGUAACAUUCUACUUGAUCAUAGACUAAGAGCCAAGGUAGCAGAUUUUGGACUGGCAAGGCUAGUAGAAAGAUCAAAUGAAGAAGAUUUUGUAGCAACACAACUGGUUGGAACACCAGGUUAUAUUGCUCCUGAGUAA